GAUGUGUGGAGGCCGGGCGGGAGCCGGAGAGCAGUGGAGCGGCUGUGUUAGGUCCUUUGCCUCUUGUUCCGGAAAUCCUGCUUCCUGCCGCAAGAUGCCCCAGCUCGGACUCCUACAUUGGAGAGCCUGGACUGUGUUGCUUGGUCAGCUCCGGCGGCCUCCCGGUGCUGUGUGCAUCAGGGCAGUCCGUUCUCACAGUCAGGUUGCAGAGGCACUGUUUACAUCCCAACUGAAACCUCAUCAAGAGAAGUCAAAUUUUAUUAUCAAGACCCCAAAGGGUACCAGAGAUCUUAGUCCCCAGCAGAUGGUGGUGAGGGAGAAAAUUCUUGAUGUGGUUGUUAGCUGCUUUAAACGUCAUGGAGCGAAGGGGUUGGAUACCCCGGCAUUUGAACUAAAGGAGAUGCUCACUGAGAAGUAUGGAGAGGACUCUGGGCUCAUCUAUGACCUGCAGGAUCAGGGCGGAGAGCUGCUGUCAUUGCGCUAUGACCUUACUGUCCCUUUUGCUCGUUAUCUGGCAAUGAAUAAAGUGAAGAAGAUGAAACGCUAUCAUGUUGGAAAAGUGUGGCGGCGGGAGAGCCCAACCAUAGUCCAAGGCCGCUACCGGGAGUUCUACCAGUGUGAUUUUGACAUUGCUGGUCAGUUUGACCCUAUGAUCCCUGAUGCAGAAUGUUUGAAGAUCAUGUGUGAAAUCCUUAGCGGAUUGCAGCUGGGGGAUUUUCUCAUUAAGGAGAGCUGGGACUGCCAUUGUUUUGAUGGAGAGGUCAUUGACAAGGCAUUUGGGUUGCUUCCAUUGAGUUCACAGAUCAAUGACCGGCGGAUUUUGGAUGGAAUAUUUGCUGUCUGUGGUGUUCCUGAAAGCAAGUUCCAUGCCAUCUGCUCCUCAGUAGACAAACUAGACAAGAUGUCUUGGAAAGAUGUCAGACAUGAGAUGGUGGUAAAGAAAGGCCUGGCUCCUGAAGUGGCUGAUCGAAUUGGGGAUUAUGUCCAAUGUCAUGGUGGGAUAUCCUUGGUGGAGCAAAUGUUCCAGGAUCCCAGACUAUCCCAGAACAAGCAGGCCCUGGAGGGCUUGGGAGACCUGAAGCUGCUGUUUGAAUACCUGACUUUAUUUGGAGUUGCUGAGAAGGUCUCCUUUGACCUGAGCUUGGCUCGAGGCCUGGACUACUAUACAGGAGUGAUCUAUGAAGCAGUGCUGCUACAGACCCCAGUGCAUGCUGAGGAGGAGCCACUGAAUGUGGGCAGUGUGGCUGCUGGUGGUCGCUAUGAUGGGCUGGUGGGCAUGUUUGACCCCAGAGGCCACAGGGUGCCAUGUGUGGGGCUCAGCAUUGGGGUAGAGCGAAUCUUCUCCAUUGUGGAGCAGAGGAUGAAGAUUUUUGGUGAGAAGAUACGGACCACAGAGACCCAAGUGUUUGUGGCCACACCACAGAAGAACUUUCUUCAAGAACGGUUGAAGCUAAUUGCAGAGCUUUGGGAUGCUGGGAUCAAGGCAGAGCUGAUGUAUAAGAACAACCCUAAACUACUACCCCAACUGCACUACUGUGAGAACAUGGGCAUUCCACUGGUGGUCAUUAUUGGUGAGCAAGAACUGAAAGAAGGGAUAAUCAAGCUCCGUUCAGUGGCCAGCAGGGAGGAGGUGGCCAUUAAACGGGAAAAUCUAGUGGCUGAAAUUCAGCAACGACUGUCUGAGUCUUGAUCAUUACCUGAAUGCCAUCUGCUGCUCUUUGUAGAAAAGGUUUCACCUAGGACUGACUUCCUAAAGGACUUCACACCUGCUGGCCAGAAUGGGUGACAAGUGUUUCUGGAUCCUUAUCUUUUCUGUGUACAGAACUAUAGAAUGCCCUGAGGACUCCUAGGCUAGUGUGAGCAGCUAUGCUGCAUGGGCACACAUGAUGGCUGGUAUGUGAAAGAGAUAUGCUCUAACUGCCAAGGCAGAUGGCAGGUUUGAAAUGCCAUUGAACGCUACCAACAAUGUGCUGAGAUGGUUGCUGUCAGCAAGUCUCUGGGAAAGUCACCUCAGGUUGAGAGGAUUCUGAACCAUUGAGAUCAAAAGUCAUAUAUUUAGCCUUCUACUAUGGCUUCUGGAAAGUUUGUCCAAAACCUAGUCAUGGGCUGUCCAGGGAGUUUUGGGGAGACAGCAAGGAGGGGAAAUGACUGCCUUCUGUUCUGUUUAAAACAGAGGUGCUAUCCUAAGGGCAUUGCACUGCCCAUAUUGAUGUGGCAUCUCUUUAGCCCAUUCACUGUUAAUAAUAACAGGGUGAGCCUGUUUGUUAAUAAUCUUGAACAUUGAACUUAAUAGGUGACCUGACAAAAUGGACAUAUGAUUUUGGAGCCCAUUACCUGUGCCGGAAUCACUUCUCUGAUUUCCAUGUCCUGCCAUGGAGGUGGCUGUUCUUGAAGUGGUUGUAUAAUAUAUUAAAUAAAAUUUAAAUGGA